ACGCGCCCCGAAGGCGGAAAGAGGAGGGUGGCGCGGGGCAUGCUGGGAGCUGUAGGUAGAGAACGGCUCCUAGGCGCCUAACAGACGGCGGCUCCCAUCGUUCCUUGCGCGGGACGCUGGGGCGAUCGAGGCGGGCGGACUCGACGCGGAGCCUCCCUCUCUACUUCUCCAUCCUGUGGAGCGCUAGAGCGGCAGCGGCUCCCCGGGGAAGGCCGCCAUCUUGUGCUGGUGGGAGCCCAGGGAGGCACCCAGAGCCCCGGCCACGAAGACAAACCGAUCAGGUGCUGCUGCUGCUGCUAUCCCAGACCUCGAGGAGACGCCCACUGACUGAACUGCUGCUCUCUACCACCCACGAGCCCGACGCCCCAGAUCAGGAGAUAGAGACCCAGCCCUUACUAGCUGCUGACUCUUCUUGCCCCGUCAGGAGACAGAGAGAAAGACCCGUCCAGAGGGGCAGCUUCUGCUCCUCGCACCCGCCGAUAUCAGGAAAGAAAGCUACACAGAGCUGCUACAACUGCAAAGACAUGAAGAUCAAGGAUGCCAAGAAACCAUCUUUUCCAUGGUUUGGCAUGGACAUUGGGGGAACACUGGUGAAACUUGCAUAUUUCGAACCUAUUGAUAUCACUGCAGAAGAGGAGCAGGAGGAAGUUGAAAGCUUGAAGAGCAUCCGAAAAUAUCUGACUUCCAAUAUAGCCUAUGGAUCCACUGGCAUUCGAGAUGUCCACCUUGAACUGAAAGACUUGACGCUCUUUGGCCGAAGGGGAAACUUGCACUUUAUUCGAUUCCCAACUCAUGACUUGCCUACUUUUAUCCAAAUGGGAAGAAAUAAAAACUUUUCAACACUACACACGGUGCUUUGCGCCACUGGAGGCGGUGCUUAUAAGUUUGAAGAAGAUUUUCGCACAAUUGGAAACCUCCAGUUGCACAAACUGGAUGAGCUUGACUGCCUUGUCAAAGGUCUGUUGUAUAUAGACUCUGUCAGUUUCAAUGGCCAGGCAGAGUGCUAUUACUUUGAAAAUGCCUCAGAACCUGAAAGAUGCCAAAAGAUGCCUUUUAACCUGGAUGACCCAUACCCAUUAUUGGUUGUAAACAUUGGUUCAGGAGUCAGUAUUUUAGCAGUCCAUUCCAAAGACAGCUAUAAGAGAGUGACUGGAACAAGUUUAGGUGGAGGGACAUUUCUAGGUUUAUGCAGUUUAUUGACUGGCUGUGAAAGUUUUGAAGAAGCUCUUGAAAUGGCAUCCAAAGGGGACAGUACACAUGCUGAUAAGCUUGUCCGGGACAUUUAUGGAGGGGACUAUGAACGUUUUGGCUUGCCAGGAUGGGCAGUAGCCUCUAGUUUUGGGAAUAUGAUCUACAAAGAGAAGAGAGAAUCUGUUAGUAAAGAAGACCUGGCUAGAGCUACACUGGUUACAAUCACCAAUAACAUUGGAUCUAUAGCACGGAUGUGUGCGGUAAAUGAGAAAAUAAACAGAGUUGUCUUUGUUGGUAACUUUUUGCGUGUGAACACUCUGUCAAUGAAGCUUCUUGCAUAUGCACUGGAUUACUGGUCAAAAGGCCAGCUGAAGGCCUUGUUCCUAGAACAUGAGGGAUACUUUGGUGCUGUUGGUGCUCUUCUUGGAUUGCCGAAUUUCAGCUGAAGUACCAGAUGCCACUACACUGAAUUGUUUUCCACCUGGAUGGCAUUAUUACUACAUUGUUUAAGUCAACGGGAACCAAAGGAAAAAAAGCAGCAGUUUUGCUGCAGUUGUUUUUAAAUUUAAGUGGUAAACUGCUGGAUGUUACCAUAUUAAGAAAGUGGGAUCUUGCUGUGUAAGGCAUUUUUAAGUGAAAUACCUGUGGGUUUUGCCUUAUGAUCUCCAGUGCUUGUAGCCAGUUUUGAACUUCUAAUAUGCAAUACAUCCUCUGAAAAACAAGCUUCCAAAAGAAAGAAUUCCAGCCCUUUUAAGUGUCCAUCAUUUACAAUAGUGUGGACUUAAACAUGAAGCUUUAGUGCUAAGCAAAUAUCUUUUGUAGAUAAUCUGGUGAAAAUGGUUUAUUUUGAUGAGUUUGUUUUUUGUCUCAUUACUGCACUGUACUAAGAGCAGAAUUGUAUGUUUAAGACAAUUGACCUGAAAACACCAAAGUGCCAUCAACAGAAAGCAAAGCUAUGUAGUGUAGAAGAUUAUUUCUCAAGAUAAGGACAACAUAAAAAGUGAUAAAGCACUUAAUAUGUUCCAAUAAUUGCAGAAUUUUGAGGUCUAAUGGGAAAAUAUCUAAUUUUUUAGCAAAUAUAUUAAGUAAAAAUACAGAUAAGGUCAGCUACUGCUGCAUUUCCACAUAUCUGUACUCUUGUGAAGCUUUACAUUUGUUCAAUUCAUUUAUUGAAAGGUAGAUAUCGUAUUUUGGGAAGAUCCCUUUGGAUUAGGUUCAUGAUUCAAGGAACGGCAAGCCUUUAGAAAAGGUAUCUGACAUUCAAAAUUCCAUGACCUUACAUUCUAAAUCACAACAUUUUGAUUUCAUUCUCCUCUACUUGUGAAAGUCACCACAAAACCUGUGGAGUAUAUUUUUACCCAAAAGAGGCCCGGAACAAAAUAAUAGUAUUACAGCUUGGAAUUCUGUUGCUUUGGCAUAUCUUUGUGAGGAUGCUUGAACAAAUUCCAUCCCUGCUCUACCGACUUGAAAACAUUCAGUCCUUCAUUUCAUUAAUCUUUAAACAAGAUAUUUCACUUCUAAUAAGUCAGUCUCAAAUCUAUGUUGAUGAUUUUAAUUUAUCUUGUUUGGAAUUGAAAGUUUGUUUUUGUAGCUCCAGAGUUUGUAUUGCAGAGUCAAAAGGACCAGUGUUUAGUAUACUUUGUUAAACAAUUCCCAUUAUUGCAAACUGUGGCCUUGGGAUAAACUGCAUAUUCUGAAACUAGUCUUUGUUUUGUCUACAUACUAUGUUCUCAGACUAUUUUAAAUUUUACAGUAGUUGUUUUACUGUUAUAAGUGUUGCUGCAGCCAGGAGAUAAAGGCUUUAGACCAGAAAGACCAUGUUAGAAGUCAAGCCAGCUAUGUAUGUCAGUGUAUUUAGUGUACCUCAGAAGAAAUGCCCGAUUUUUGCAGGAAGUAAAUUAAUGUAAAGUGUUUCCUGUGGAUUCAUUAAAAGCUAUAUCUGAUUAGAAUUCAUUGAUAUGUUGGAAUUAAACAUGUUUUUUAAAUGAAUAUGACUCUCUAAAUCAAGUAAAUGGGUAAGUAUUUCAGAACAUUGCUAUGUUGCAUUACAGCAGCAAUUUUUUAGCCACAUUACCUUUCCAUAUAAUGUGCAUAGAGGGGACUGAAAAUAGUAAGUAGAAAAUACUCUUUCUGGGGGGUUUUGAUUUUUUGGUUUUUUUUUUUUUUUUUAGUUGAACUCCAUAAAAUUUUCUAAGGUCAUGAAGUGCAGUGACUUUUAUAGGGGUGAGAUGGAGGCCAUUUCAUUCCACCCAGAGCAAUGUCAACUUCAAAUAUAGAUUGUCGUUGCUGCUGAGUACCUAAGCUAAAUUUCCAUUGUGAAGACUUUUAAAUUGAGGCUUCAGUCUGGAAAGAUAGAAUCAUUUCUAGAACUAUGCUUAUAUCAUUGAGCGAAGGCAGCAUCAAUCUGUGAAGCAAGUUGGUACAGCUUGGGUAAAGUGUGCCUUUAUGAAAGUUGCUAGAGGUUUUACCAUGACUGAGUUUAUAAGCUAGUAGCUUAGUUAGUUUGCAUUAAAAGCCAGUAGUAGGAAGAAAUAAUGUAGACUUGUUUCUUCUAUGAACUUUUCACAGAGAGAUUAUUUGAAAACUCAUUGCCGUAGAUUACUUCUUCCGUAUACAUCCUGUACUACUGGAGCAUAAACUGAGAGUUGCUUUUGAAGCAGGUUGUAUAUAUUUGACCUGAAGAUAUUGAAAGUAAGUUUAGCUAAAAUCUUUUUUCCAGUUCCCUAGCAAGACAGUCUGAGAGAAAUGACCUUCAUAAAUUCAAGAAAUAUUAAUUUGAUGUAGCCUAUGAUACAUUUUUGAAGUUAACAUGGACACAGGAAUACAUUCAUAAGUAAUUCUUGAAUAGCUGUAUUGCAUAUAUGCUAUUAGUAUUCCUCAUGAGAAAUAAGAUGCAUGUCCUACCUUUAUAUAUUUCUUGCCUUCAACUUUGGAAAAAGUCUCUCGCCUGUUUUAGUUCCUUCAGCAUAAGUCGGUUGGUGGUUAUUCUUAUCCCCCCUGCCCCCACCAUUCUCCCCAGAGAUUACCAGCAAAGCCUUGUAGCCCUCCUCUGCACCCCUUGAGAUCCAUCCUGAUAGAGAGUUAUUGGUUUUUUUGCUGGAGAGUGUUCAGGUACAGUUGCUGAGGUUUAUUUGGUUAUUUUUUUCAAAAACUUAUAAAUACAGCCUUUCGUCAUCCGAUCCAAAGAUUGAUUGUACCUUUAGUGGAGUCGCUAAGCAUGGCAAGUACAAAUUAAAGUAGCUUUAAAUUUCUUCAUCUAGAUCUUUGUGUAUAGAGCAAAAGAACUUGCCGGGGCUAAAAGGCUCACUUCCUUUAGAGUGAAUCGCUGAUGUAGGUUCACUACUUUCUUAUCUUCUAUGCUUUUACCUUCACAUUUGGCACUCCUUUGUCUCAGUGCUACUUGGCGUUUCCUUACAGUAAAGGAACUCAGACAAGCUGUCAUGUUAUAGCAGAGGAAGUGCAACAACUUUCUUUGCAAGCUUGUGGAUCCUCAUGGCUAUUGCUGAAUUCUCAAACAGGGAACCACUUUCUUCAAGUAGAGAUUUUUCCCUUGAAAGAAAAAAGCAAAGCUCAUUCUGAAUGUAGCCGGUCUCAAAUCAAGCCAGACGAGUGCCUUUAAUUUCUCGUAUGGUGCCAAUGAUGUUAGUUUUGCUGGCACUGCAAUUUGAUACAAGAGUAUUCUUGGCACCAAUAAUACUUUUAUCACCCCAGACUGUUUACUGUAGAUGUGGACAAUAAUUGUAUCAGCAUUUUAGGUGGUCUGCUAGACCAGUCAAGAAGACAGUAUGAGCUUUCUGGUCUCCCAUCUUCAUGGCAAGCUAGUCUACUUUUGUUGGAGUAUUUAUGCCUACCAGUUUGUCUCCCCUUCCUCCCAUUUGGAUUUGUCCAUGCAUUAUGUCAGAAUGUUGUUUCUCUGCAAUGAUGCUUGCUUUUUGCUCCACAAGUACAGGCUGUUUCUGCAUCGGACGCUUCCUUUUUAUAUGAAGAUAUCAUGGACUGGUUGGUAUAGCUAACAAAUCUCUAACCAUUCCCAACACCUUUCUAGUUGUUCUUAAGGUAACCGCCCUUUAAGGAACUCCUUUUUGCUAUGUAGUUUGGACCUUUAAAUUUAAGACCAAAUCUAGAAUACCGGCAUUACAUUUUUCUGUUAAGUUUGGGGGGUUUUUUUGUGAAUCUAAUAGUAUUGCCAUUUGUAUAAACAUCUUUCUAUAAAACAUCAUUCCAUUUAGAAUCUGGGACUGUAAAGGCUCUGAACAGAUCACUUUCCCCUUUUUUGUCAUUAAGAGUGUUUUGUUUGCAGUGACGUGCGUCCAGCAACAAAGCACUUAUGUGGUAUUGACACUUCAUGCAGUACUUCCUAGUGCUAUUUAAAUUUUUGGUAUUAAGAGUUAAAGGCCAGGCUGUGUUACCCAUUUUUCAAGGGAUAUAUAAGAAAUGCUUAACAAUUCUGGUUCUUCAAUAAUACUUUUGCCUGCAUAUUAGUUGUAUUGAAAGGUUCUAUUCCUAUUACAUUCAGGUGGUUGGUAGUACACAUCUUGUAUAUACAUGUAAGGUAUUCCUUGCCUUUUUAGUGUGAGGAGAAUAAACAGCCUUUGUUAUAUUACAAUUUUUUAUAUUCUACCUGAACCAGUGUAGAUAUUUAGUAAAGCACCACAUUUUUGGAAGUGUUUUUUUAAGAAACUGUCAGAUUCCAAAUAACUGUGGCAAAAACUUAUAUUUCCUAAUGUUUUAGGAUAGCUGUGGGAGUUUAACAUUUGAAAGUAUUUUAAGGUGCUUGCACUUAGAGCAAAGUUGUGCUCUUUAAAGACUAAUCAGUGUCUUCUUAUGUUUAUUCAUUGUAUAAUCUUUCUUUCAUGCCUUUACUGUUUUUGUAAAUAUCUCAAUUAUAAAACCUCUGUAAAUGAAUUGUUGGUAUCCUAAGGAGACAGAUUAGAUUAGUUCAGUUCAUAACAGAAUUGGAGACAAGAUGGUCUUAUUACUAAUCAGUUCAAGCAAAACAGAAGUAUUGAGGUUGAACCAGUGUAGCUAAAUAGGUGUAAUCCACUUUCUUCUGCAUCUAAUGUAAUAUGCAAUGAAGCUGGCUAUUUCUUAUGUUCAUGUUCGCCUUAUGAAAUAGAGGUUUCUCCAUCUUUCCCACAUAUGUAUAUUUAGAAAACCUGCAAUGUGUAGCGUUGUUGGGUUUUGUUUGGAUUAAGGAAUUUACACAAUACUGAUGGUCACACUUAAGUAUUGAUAACCUAGCUGUGUAUUUUACAGUAAUAAGUUGGCAGGCAUGUUUUGAUAAAUACAGUUGAAGUUACAUUUUGAGAUAAAAUCCUUCCCCUUCAGGCUAAAGCACAGUGGCACAGGAAAUUUUCAGCUCAUUAAGAAGUUGGUGGGUUAGUUAUCUGCAAAAACUUAAUCAAAUUUAUGCAAGUCUGUGUUUAAUAUGGAGCAGAUGGCGGGGCACUAAGAUGCCUUCUCACAGUGUGGUGCAAUAAUUCCCCAUUUAUAUUCCACAAAACCCUUAAGUGCAUAUUACUAAACCCUCUUGAUCAGUUAUACCUGGCUUUUCUUGUUAAUAUAUUCCAAAUAUUGUUACCAGUAUUAUAAAAUGUAAUAAUACCUUUAAAGAAGACUUGUAACCAAGCCUGUUUUCCAAGCUGACUUUACCUGCUUAGAUCUGACAUGUAUAGAAUACUGUAUAACUGACUGCCAAAUCCUGCUUGUCUUAGCUGCUAAGUAGCCUGUUGGUUUAAAUGGGAGCUACUUUUAGCAGCAAUGAAACAUUUGGCCCCAAGAUUCUUUUAAAAAUGACACGCAAAUGGGGAAAAUAGUGCUGCUUUGCAUAUUGCUGCUGGUGCUAAAUCAUUUGGAAAAAUUUAGAAUUUUAAGUUGAAAUUUAAUUAAAUUAGAAAUUUAAGUUGUAAAUAGAAUUAAUAUUUAUGGCCUGGUCCUUUUGAUAGAUUUGAAAUUUGUCAAAUUGCAACAAUUUCUCAUGGCCUUAUGUCAAGCUUCCUUUUUUAUAUAUUUGGAUUGAAAUUCAUUAAGGUUAAGAGCCAUUCAUGGGGCUGGCUUUCUGUAAAGCUGAUUACAUUCAAUUUGUGAAUUUUAUGACAUGGAUCACUUUCCAUUUCUAGAAUUUUAGUUUUAAAACUAGCUUUAGAUGUUAAUCUUAUACUUUCACAUGCUUUAUCAUUGUAGCUGUUUAGAGUAGACAAAGUUUUAGUACCAACUGCUGUGGGCUUACUGUGUCCUUCUGUGUUAGCACUUCAAAAAGUACAGCCAUCACUAACUAUUAAUCGCUUUUGUUGAAAAUUGUGAAUUAGUUAAUUUUAAAGGUUAACUUGUUAAGUAGUCCUAUCCAUAAAAUAAACUGAAAUAGGAUUUCUGAAUUGUUAAUCUGCAGUAAUAAGUUUUAAUCUGUUCAAAUUUCACAAUUCCUUCAGCAUGGAUAUUUUAGACCUUUGUAAAUACAAAGCCUUUAAGCAGUUACAUUGGCUUCAGAUUGAACAUUACAAAAGACUCAUUUAAACACAGAUUUUUGUAGGGAAUGAGGAUGUUUGGGGAAAAAAAAUUAAAUUUGCAGUACCAAGAACCUGAAAACUUGCAUUACUUUGGUGUUGACUGAGAUGGGACAUAAGCAAAACAUUGUCUUUUGAUAGUCAGCACCAUCUGUUUCUACAUUUGUCAUUUUAGCCAUGUGUAUUUUCUCACCAGCUGUAGGCCUUCUAGUGACCAAAUCAUACAUUCAGAGUUUUUAGUUCCUUAGCAAAAGGGAUAGUAAAUCAAACUCCAAACCCACACGAGGAAGAUGUUCUCCAUAAGAGCCAUUUCAGUUAAGUUGCCUUAUUCUAUUGUAUUGUACUUAUGUCUGAGCUUAUUUGUUUACUGUUCCGACACUGAAGAUAUGAUGUAAAAAGUACAAUGUGCUGCAAAUUUGUAUUAACUUUAUUAAAUUAUACCUUUAUGUAAACUGUAGUACAUCUCUUGUAAAUUGUUUAAUUUAUUUUUUCCUUUUAUAGCUGCUCAUUAUUGAAUGUACAGAAUAGAUAUAAUGUAAUUAAGUAUUUUCAUUGUGGCCAAAUUGAUUGUGCCUACAAUGUAAUCCAUCCCUAUCAAAACUGUAUACAACUCUUUACUGCUUGCUUGCAUAAAUUAAGUUUGGAUUUAAUUUACUACUUUGUACUGUAUUGCCAUAAGCCAACUUCAGUAUGAUGGACCUACUUUUCUGUAGUUUAUUUUUCUGGUUUUGUUCAGUAUGAAUGUUGAAACAGUACUUUGUCUUACUUUUCCUAAUAAAUAACUCCAGAUUGUUCA